GACGGGCUUCCCGGAGUCCCGGCUCCGCUGCCGAGUCCCAGAGCGGGCGAGAGCCAGCGCUCGCUUCAGCGAUCCAGGCUGCUCGGAGGAGGAUGGCGUGACACGGCCGCGAACGCCCAGAGCCGCCGAUGGUGACAGCCAUGUCGGUGAGGGUGCGGUUCCUGUCCUCUGCGGACGCAGGGGCCGUGGGUGUCAUGGGCCGGAGCGCCUCCUUCGCGGGCUUCAGCAGCGCGCAGAGCCGCAGGAUCGCAAAAUCCAUCCAAAGGAACUCGGUGAGGUCUCGAAUGCCUGCAAAAUCCUCCAAGAUGUAUGGCACGCUGCGGAAGGGGUCUGUCUGCCCAGACCCAAAGACGCAGCAAGUGAAGAAGAUCUUCGAAGCACUGAAGAGAGGCCUCAAGGAGUCUCUGUGUGCCCAGCAGGCCGAGCUGGAUUACCUGUCAGGGCGCCACAAGGAUACCCACAGGAAUUCCAGGCUGGCUUUCUAUUACGACCUGGACAAGCAAACGCGCUUUGUGGAAAGGCACAUUCGGAAGAUGGAAUUUCACAUCAGCAAGGUGGACGAACUCUACGAGGGCUACUGCAUCCAGUGCCGCCUGCGUGAUGGUGCCUCCAACAUGCAGCGGGCCUUCUCCAAGUGCCCACCCAGCCGCGCCUCCAGGGAGAGCCUGCAGGAGCUGGGCCGCAGCCUGCAGGAGUGCACCGAGGACAUGUGGCUCAUCGAGGGAGCCCUGGAGGUCCACCUGGGCGAGUUCCACGUCAGGAUGAAAGGCUUGGUGGGCUACGCACGCCUCUGCCCGGGAGACCAGUAUGAGGUGCUCAUGCGCCUGGGCCGCCAGCGCUGGAAGCUGAAGGGCCGGAUCGAGUCCGAUGACAGCCAGACCUGGGACGAGGAGGAGAAGGCCUUCAUCCCCACCCUGCACGAGAACUUCGAGAUCAAAGUGACAGAGCUAAGAGGCCUGAGCUCGCUGGCCGUAGGCACAGUGACGUGUGACAUCACCGACUUCUUCACGACGCGGCCGCAUGUCAUCGUGGUGGACAUCACAGAGCUGGGCACCAUCAAGCUGCAGCUGGAAGUGCUGUGGAACCCGUUUGACACUGAGAUCUUCCUGGUGUCACCCAGUCCCACGGUCAAGUUCUCUGUGGGCAGCAGGAAGGGCUCCUUGUACAACUGGACACCCCCGAGCACCCCCAGCUUCCGGGAGAGGUACUACCUGUCUGUCCUGCAGCAACCAGCACAGCAGACCUUGCCGCUGGGUGGGCCAAGGGCCACGUCCAUCCUCAGCUACCUGUCUGACAGCGACCUUCGGAGCCCAGGCCUGUGGAGCCGGAGUCAGGAGCUGCCUGAGAUGGACUCCUUCAGCUCUGAGGACCCCCGAGACACCGAGACCAGUACCUCGGCAUCCACCUUGGACGUGGGGUUCCUGCCCUUGGCCAUCGGCCCCAAUGCCUCCAUUGAAGAGGAGGCUCAGGAGGACCCCCCAUCCCCGGGCCUCCUGCCAGAGAUGGCCCACCUGGCAGGAGGUUCAUUCGUGGAGCGGCCUGGCUGGAGAAAUCGGGGAGUAGAGAUCCCUAACCUGCCCCGGGGCUCCACAUUCCACAACCGUACGAUGCCAGGUGGCCAGUGUAAAGGCCGUGAUGAAGGAGAAACCGGGCAUGGAGUGGACGAGCCGGGGGUGACCCUCGAGAGGCCCCUGCGGGAGGUCCUGGACUUACUGAGGUGCACAGACCCCUCCCAGCCCCGGCUCCGGGAGCUGGAGUACCAGGUCCUCAGCUUCAGGGACCGGCUGAAGCCCUGCGGAGGCCGCCGGGAGCACAGCUCGGCCGAGAGCCUGAUGGACUGCAUCCUGGAGAGCUUCGCCUUCCUCAACGCCGACCUCGCCCCACACGAGCUGUCCCUCUUUGGGGGUUCCCGGGGUCCCCGAAACGACAGGACCCCGCCCCCACUGCCGUCGCUGAGAGGGUCAUCCAGGGAGCUCACGGCCGGCGCCCCCGAGCUGGACAUUCUGCUCACGGUCCACCUCCAAGUCUGCAAAGCUCUGCUGCAGAAGCUGGCCUCUCCCAAUUUGUCGAGGAUGGUCCAGGAGUGCCUCCUGGAAGAAGCUGCGCAGCAAAAGCAGGUUCUGGAGACGCUUUCCAUGCUCGAUUUUGAGAAGGUCAGCCAGGCAGCGUCCAUUGAAGAGAUCAUUCCGCAGGCCGCGCGGAGGAAGGGCUGCCUGAAGCUGUGGAGCGGGUGCACGGCGGCCGGCGGGGUCCUGGCCUGCUCCGCCAUGGACCAGCUCAAAAAGACGGUCCUGCAUCGAGUCAGGGGGAAGUACCCGGGACAGCUGGAAAUAGCAUGCCGCAGGCUCCUGGAGCAGGUGGUCAGCUGCGGCGGGCUGCUCCCUGGAGCUGAGCUGCUGGAAGAACAGACUGUCACCUGGUUCCAGUUUCAUAGCUACCUGCAGAGACACAGUGUCUCGGACCUGGAGAAACACUUUGCCCAGCUCACCAAGGAAGUAACACUCGUGGAGGAGCUGAAGUGCACGGGGCAGGCCAAGACGAUCCGGAAGCUGCAGGGGAAGAAGCAGCUGGGCCAGCUCCAGCCCCUGCCCCAGACAUUAAGGGCCUGGGCGCUGCUCCAGCUGGACGGGCCCCCCAGGGUGUGCAGGGCAGCCAGUGCUGGCCUGGCCAGCGCAGCCAAGAACAAGAGCUUUCGGGAAAAGGCUUUGCUCUUCUACACCAAUGCCCUGACCGGGAACGACGCGAAACUCCAGCAAGCCGCGUGCGUGGCGCUGAAGCACCUCAGGGGCAUCGAAAGCAUUGAUCAGAUUGCCAGCUUGUGCCAAUCCGACCUGGAGACUGUGCGCGCAGCGGCUCGGGAGGCCACGCUGUCAUUUGGUGAAAAAGGACGCUUCGCCUUUGAGAAGAUGGACAAAUUUUGCUCAGAACAAAGAGAAGAUGACUUUUGCCAGGAGGCAGAUGUUGAAAUCACAGUAUUUUAAAGAGCCUCAGUGGAUGAGCUAAAUCUGACAUCUUUGUUUUUGCUGCUGCCCAGUCUCGACACAGGACCUGAGCUUUGGGUGGGGGCAUGCUGUGUGCUCCCAGAAGUGUGAGCUGGCCAGAGCUGCUCCCUGAGUCUUGGGACCAGUUGCAAAGCCCUAGGUCACAAGUGGGACUUUUGUACAGGAGCAGAACAAGGCAAGGCAUGGCACUUCGGAGGCUGCACAGCUUCAGUCAGCCUCUGGCUUUGAGACUGUCUGACCUGGGAUGCAGCAGAGCUGGGUCAGCAUCAGUCGGCCACGCUUCGAAGGGGUCGAGGCCAGCAGGUUGAGGCUUGGAAUGAGACUCCAAGAUGAACAUGCUGAACUUGAGGUCUCCCUGCAGGUCAGCUGGCGCGGCAUUUCUGGUUUGGCUGAGGAAGCCAGCAGGCCGGUGAACGGUCAAGGCAUUUCAACUGCAGCGAGCUGUCACUUGGGUGGGCUGGGGAAGAUGGGAAGGUACAGAGCAAGGGUUUCUAUAACUCACUCUUAACCCGAGCCGUGGCCUGCUGCCUGUGGACCUUAUUUUAUGUUCACUGUGUUCGACAGCACAAAGGAGAAGCCUUGAGUGUCAUGUGAGUAAAAGCAUUCACUUGGAGCUCACGAAACGGAGUCCAACUUUUGAAGCAAGAGAACUUAGAGUCCACUAAAUGAAUUGCUUCAGAAGCCAUAAGCUGGUGUGAAGAAAGAUUUUACUGAAGAGAAUGUUGCUUUAGAGAAAGAAAAUUAGUGUCUUAUUUAAGUUUAUUAAAAAAACUCAAACAUAUCCUGCGCUGUUUGUUAAUAACGUCACAAUAACACGGGGCUCGAAUGUGGCUAUCGACCGACAGUGGCAUUGGAGGGCUUCGUAACUUAAACAUUCUCACUUAGACUUCCUGUAUAUAUUUUGUGCUUUUCAGUUUAACUUAGUAUUUAUUUGCCUUGUUUCUAUGUUCAAUUUUCUGAAAUUUCAAUUAAAAAAUGGUUUGCAUUGGUGUUUCGCUUCACCUGAAAAAA